AUGGCAUGUUGCCGCAAUUUGAAGAACGCUGCGAUAGCAUUUUUGGUUCCUCUUCCCUCCAUCUUCUUCUACCUCACAUUCCUCAACCACUACGACUCACCAAAUUCCCCAUCACUUUGGUCAACUCUGUGGUCAUGGUGCUAUCACCACCCUCUUCUAUUAGCCAACGCUCUCUUCUUCCUUAACGUCAAUGUUCUCUUCUGGGUCAUAGGCGUAAUCCAAUCCAGCCACUGGAUGAUUGACCCCUAUUGGACUGUGAUACCUGUGAUGCUUGUUCACUACUAUGCCACUCACCCGUUGGGCCACUAUGAUUUGUGGAGGUCUAGGAUAGUGGUUUUAUUGACUUGGGUGUGGAGUGUGAGGCUUACUCAUAACUAUUUCAGGAGAGAAGGGUGGCAAUGGGGUGCCAGGGAAGACUGGCGUUUCACUGAGAUGAGUCAACAGUAUGGAAAGCAAUGGUGGUGGAUGUCUUUCUUUGCUGUCUAUGUCUCCCAACAGAUAUUUUUGAUUCCACUGUCCCUUCCCUUGUAUGCCGUCCAUACUGUCAAUCAGCCAUUGAGCAUGUGGGACUUUGUGGCUUCUGUUGUCUGUUUAUGUGGCAUUCUGAUAGCAUACUUUGCUGAUACACAGCUCUAUGAGUUUAUGAGUAGAAACAACAAGCUGAAGGGGCGUGGUAAACCCGUGGCUCCUGUCCUUGACAGUGGCUUGUGGUAUUAUUGCCGGCAUCCGAAUUACUUUGGUGAGCAGCUGUGGUGGUGGGGGCUAGUUGUGUUUGCAUGGAACCUGGGACUUGGGUGGACCUUUAUUGGAGCUUUAGUUAAUACUUUGUGUUUGGCUUAUGUGACUAAGCUUGUGGAGGACCGAAUGAUAAAAAAAGAAAGUAGAGCACAAGCGUUUGGGCUGUAUCAAAAGACAACUUCUGUGUGGAUACCUUGGUUCAAGUCCUCUCCUUCAGGAAUUAAAAAUAAGAAUGCUUGA